AGCCAGAAUCGCCUCGGGUCGGGUCGCAAAGAUGGCGUCUUCUGCCUCCGCUCGGCCUGAGGCGGGGAAACGAGUGGUUAAUCAGGACGAACUGCGGCGGUUGAUGAAGGAGAAGCAGCGUCUGAGCACCAACCGUAAACGGAUAGAAUCUCCAUUCGCGAAGUACAACCGCUUGGGGCAGCUGAGUUGUGCCCUGUGUAACACCCCGGUUAAGAGCGAGCUCCUGUGGCAGACUCACGUCCUGGGAAAGCAGCACCGAGAGAAAGUGGCCGAGCUGAAAGGCGCGAAGGAAGCCGCCCAGGGACCGUCCGCCAGCGCAGUGCCUCAGUCCGCCAGCACAGUGCCUCAGUCCGCCAAGAGGAAGGCGCCGGACGCAGAGAGCCAAGAUGCCAAAAGAGCGAAGGCCUCCCUGGUGUCUCAAGUACAGCCCUCCACUUCCGCUUUGCCCACCAACUUUGACAAAGCCGGAAAGGAGUCCACUAGGGCGACCCUCAGUAAGGCUUCGGGACUCGGUUUACUCCCUGAUUAUGAAGAUGAGGAAGAGGAGGAGGAGAAAGAGGAGGGAGGAGGAGGAGAAGGGAAAAGAGGGGAUGUCUGUAAGCAUCCGGCCAACGCACAGGGCAAGGAACACUCACUUUCCUCCGCGCGGGAGGCAACCGGUAGUAGGCUGCCAAGCGAUUUCUCGGACACAAAUCCUCCCAAGGCCCCUUUAAUUCCUCAUUCAGGGUCAAUUGAGAAAGCAGAAAUACAUGAAAAAGUGGUGGAAAGGAGAGAAAACACCGCGGAAGCAUUACCGGAAGGGUUUUUUGACGACCCUGAGAUAGAUGCGAGGGUACGAAAGGUUGAUGCCCCAAAGGAUCAGAUGGACAAAGAAUGGGACGAAUUUCAAAAAGCCAUGAGACAGGUCAACACUAUUUCCGAAGCCAUAGUUGCCGAAGAGGAUGAGGAGGGACGCUUGGACCGGCAGAUUGGGGAGAUCGAUGAGCAGAUAGAGUGUUACCGUCGGGUGGAAAAGCUGCGGAAUCGCCAGGAUGAGAUAAAAAAUAAGCUUAAAGAGGUUCUGACCAUAAAAGAACUACAGAAAAAGGAAGAGGAGAAUGUUGACAGCGAUGAUGAGGUAGAACUACAGGAUUUGUUGUCUCAGGAUUGGAGGGUGAAAGGAACUUUGUUAUAGGGUUUCAAAGACCCAAGAGUUCUACAUCCUCUACGACUGUAUAAAAAGUUCCACCUCUCAAUACGAUAUCGUUUACUCCAUGCCUAGAGAUUUGGUAACUUGACUGGGUUGUCGAGAUACAAUGAGCCUGUGAAGAUACCGCUUUGGAAAAUUGGUGUAAAAUAUUUUUGAGGUAAAGGUGUUUUUGAAGUUUUCGAAGUAUUACACUCAAAUGCCCACUUUUUCACACACUUAUAGAUCCAAAGUUUGGGUUGUAAAAGCUGUAAGCUGUAAAUAUUGUACACAUUAAAUAUAUAUUUACUUAAAAAUUAUGUUUUGAAAGUUAUAAGUUAAUAGAAGUCAGACCAACAGACAAGCUUUUAGAUGAAAACCAAGUGUGGCAUUUAGAAUGUAUAUGGCUUUUUCUUGUCUGACUCCUAAAUCAAACUCAAGAGGGUUGUCGCCGGGAGGGGGGUUGCUUUGUUGUUGUUUUUAAGAACACUACUCAUAUAAGUCAUUCAGGGCUAAUCAGAUCUCUGUUUCAAAACCGUGUUCCAGGAGAGUAUGGUGAAAAAUAUAUGCCAAGUAUGACCAACCUCCUUAAUCCAAAGUUUCUCUUGAUUAAACCAGUGAUUCUCGGAGGUGGGUGCACAGGAAGAUCUCAUACAAAGAUUUUUCAAAAGUGUAUGUGGAUCAUCUAGGAAGCUUUUUAAAAAAUUCAUGUGCUUGUGCCCUACCAUUGGAGAGAUUCAGUAAAUCUGGAGUGAGGCUCAGACACCUGUAUUAGUUUUGAUGGCUUCCCAGGUUAUUCUGUGGGAAUGCCCUGGUGGUUCAGUGGUUGGGACUCCGCGCUUCCACUGCAGGUGGCGCGGGUUCUACACCUGGUCGAACUAAGAUUCCCGCAAGCCGCGAGGCACGGCCAAAAAAAGAAAGCUUCCCAGGUUAUUCUAGUAAGGCCAAAAUUGGAGCACCACUGCCCUAAAUCCAGAACCUAUUUAUAAUUUUCCAGGCUUUGUUUUUUCUUUAAAUGACACAUUCCGUAAGUUUACUGUCUACUGCAUAAAAGAAAUGCUACCUUUUAUUUAUAUCCCAUCUAAUCUUAAAUUUUAUUGUUACAUAUUAUAAAUUAGGGGUCAGAGUUAACAGGGUCUAUCAGUUGUAGGAAGGAGGUAUAAGUUGUUUCUCUAGCGGUAACAAUUAGCCUGUGCUGAUCAUCAAUAGUUUAAAUCAGUCCUUCUCCCUUUGGAGAUAGAGGUAUUCAAAUAGGAAAAAGGAAUUAGCAGUGUUCCAGGGAUAGAAAUGCAUACAGCACAUUCAAAUAAAAGUGAGUAGUAAUAAUAAUACCUAAGACUUUCUUAUAAGCCAGGCAGAGUUCUAAGUGUUUUACAUAAACUCAAUCUAGUUUCCCUAAAGCCCAGGUUUUAAGCCCGGGGAUAAGGUAUAAAAAAGCCUUGAGUGUUAAACAAAAGAAUUCUUCCUGUAGGCAAUGUGGGCAAAAUGGAAGUUUUUGAGCAGAGUCAUAUCUGCAAGAAAUAUUAUGGAAGAUUAUUUCAGUUGCAGUAUAUAGAACGGAAUGAACAUGGGUAGGGGGUAGGAAGCUGGGAGAAUACUUGGAAACUAGAUUUUAAAAGCAAGGCAACUAAGACUGUAAUUAGGUAUGUAUUGAAAGAAAAGUAAUAGUAUUGAAAGAAUUCCACAGGAAGGGCUAACAUUGACUAGAAGUGAAGAAAAACAGGAGAUACAUAGAUGGAAUUCAGGGGUGUUGGGUUUUUCUAGUGUGGGUGCCUAAAAGAAGUUAUCUAACACUUAUGGAGCAUAUUAAUUGUCCUGCGGCCUUUGGCAGAAAGGCUUUGCUUUCCCGAGCUGUCCAGUGGAUCUGUGAUAGCAACUUCAGUUUGAUAAUAAUAAGUUUAUCAUCUUACUAUUUCAGGAUGUGAGAAAGUACAAGGGGGGUCUUGAAUGGUGUGCCAACUUCUACAUGGGCCUAAGAGGCUAGGCUAAUGAUCUAGAGGAGCACUGAAUAUUAAAAAUAUAAUUCAAGCCACAUACGUAUAUUAAAUUGUCUAGUAGCCACAUGAAAAAGUAAAAAGAAUGUGACAUUAGUUUUAUUUUAUUUAAUCCAAUAUAUCCAAAAUAUUCCAUUAAAUUUCAAUAUGUAAUCAAUAUUUAAGUAUUAUUAAUGAAAUAUUUUACAUUUUGGGGGUUCCUGUAGAAAUGUAUUUUGAAAUCUGGCUGUAUCUAAUACAUCUCAAUUUGGACUGGCCGUAUUUCAAGUACUCACUAGCCAUAUGUGACUAACGGCUACCAUAAAGGACAUCUCAGGUUUAAAGAGAAAGAUAUUGGAACUUCCCUCAUGGUCCAGUGGUUAAGACUCAACGCUCCCAAUGCAGGGGGCAUGGGUUCGAUCCCUGGUCGAGGAACUAAAAUCCCACAUGCGGCACGACACAGCCAAAAAAAUAAAGAGAAAGGUAUCCAAGUGGAAAAAUACAUGAUCAGGAGGUAGUGAGCAGCCCAGUUUAACUGGAGCAGAGUGUUUAUUCCUGACAACAGUGGGAGUUAUCACUGAAAAGGUAGGUUACGAACCGUUGUGGAGGGCCUUGAAUGCCAUGCUCUAAGGAGUCGGAACUUUCACUAAGAGUUGAGUAUCCUUGAGGUUGUUGAGUCCUUUACUGUAACACAGUUAAAGGAUGAGCUUAAGGAAUGCCAGGCAUAUAAACCCCCAGUGGGUUUUUAGGAGGACCCAAAAGCUCUCAAAAUCUCCCAAUGCUCUGUAUCCCAGAGCAUGAGUGAUGGGUCCCUGAUCAAAAUCAAGUGAAUCUUUGUUGUAUCUGAGAUUGAUGUAGAUAGCUACACAGGCUGUUGAAUCCUUCUUGUUCCUCCAUGCCUUAGAGAGCUCCUUUGUACCUCUUAGAGCUGUGGGAAAUAGGUUUCGGCAUUAGACUGCAAGUACCACCAGUGUUUCCAAAUUGUAAGAAUUGGUCCCAGGGAUUUCUUCCUGUCACUUGUUCUGUUUUUAGAGAACCCCCCCCCCACAAUUCAGCCAACAUUUACAGGCAUACCUCAAAGAUAUUGCAGGUUCCAUUCCAGACCACCACAAUAAAGUGAAUAUUGCAAUAAAGCAAGCCACACAAAUUUUUUGGUUUCCCAGUGCAUAAAAAACUUAUGUUUACACUAUAUUUUAGUCUAUUAAGUGUGUAAUAGCAUUAUGUCUUGAAAAAAGUACAUACCUUAAUUUAAAAAUUCUUGUAUAGAAAAUGCUUACCAUCAUCUGAGCCUUCAGUGAUCAUAGUAGUAACAUCAAAGAUCACUGAUCAUAGAUGACCAUAACAAAUAUGAUAAUAGGGGGAAAGUUUGAAAUAUUGUGAGAAUUAUCAAAAUGUGACAGAGACACGAAGUGAGCAAAUGCUGUUGGAAAAAUGGCACCAAUAGAGUAGCUCAACGCAGAGUUGCCACAAACCUUCAGUUUGUAAAAACAAAUGUAGCACUAUGAAGUGCAAUAAAAUGAGGUAUGCCUAUGUGUUAGAAUUAUUGUAAAUACUACAAAAAGUAAUUAUGUAAAUACUACCUCUCACCCAAAUACAGUUCCCCUAACUUGGAGGAAAAAAAAAAAUGCUGAUCUCAUAACUAGCCUUCAGAUGUUCAUUUGUCCAGUGCCUUACAAUUUACAAAAUGCUUUCACAUAGAUCUCAUUUAAUGAUGGAAGUAAUGACUACUUUUUACACACCAGGGAACAAAAUAAGAUGCUAUGGAAUUAAAAUUGCAGGGAAAAGAGUAUAACUUAGACUUAACACUUUUAAUGUAACACUCACUAGAUUAGUAUGGAGUAAUGGAAAGAACAAGGGAAUUGGCACGAGAAAAGACAGGUUCAAGUUCCCACUCUACUUUUUUUUUUAAUGAAGUAUAGUUGAUUUACAAUAUUGUGUUAAUUUCUGCUGUACAGCAAAGUGAUUCAGUUAUAUACUUUUUCAUAUUAUUUUCCAUUAUGGUUUAUCACAGGAUAUUUAAUAUAGUUCCCCCUACUCUACUUUUUAAUGUCUAGUGAUCUUGGGCAAGCCGCCUCUCUGAAACUUAAGUUUGCUCUACUAUAAAAUGAUGAUGAUACCCCACAGGGUGUAGUGAGAGUCUAAUAAUACAUGCAUGUGAAAGGGGUUUAUAAACUGAAGUUUAUAAAUAAAGCAAUAAAAGUGUUUCUGCUAGUGGAAUCUGGUCUAACUCUGCCCCAUGCUACUACUAACUUGCUAGCUUGAUCUUAGGCUAAUAAUUUAAUGCCCCUUAAUUCCAUCUUUAGAAUGAGGGAAUUAGAGCAGAUGAUUUUUCUUUUUUUUUUUUGAGAUUUCUUUUAACUCCAAAUAAUUUUGCCAUGAGACAAGUGGCGUCUCACCUUUUAAAGAUUUUAAAAGUCAUUCAGUUGACUAUCUGGAGACAGAGAUGGCCAAAGUAUUGUUACUUUUACUUGCACGAUUUGCCCAGGAUAGUCCCAGUUGUCUUGGUUUAAUUAUGAAUGGUGUCCCGUUUCACUCUCAACACUGUUCCUUUUUGGAGAUACAUAUAUAGGUAUAUACUCACCUACCUAAAAGUUUGAUAUGAGGAAAAACCACUUCUAAUGAAUGGAAGGUCUUAAUGGAAAUAGUAUGUUUCCUGUUAAUGAUGCACCCAUUGGCUAGCUACUUGGCUGGAUGUUGUGUUAGGGGAUUUGAGUCAAUACAUAUGUGGGUAGGAAUUAUGGCCAGAUAGAUGACCUUAGGUUGGUUUGUUGUCUUUUUUUUUUUUUUUUUUUUGCUGUGUUGGGUCUUCGUUGCUGCUCACGGGCUUCUCACUGCUGUGGCUUCUCUUGUUGCAGAGCACGGGCUCUCGGUGAGCGGGUUCAGUAGUUGUGGCUCGCAGGCUCUAGAGCACAGGCUCAGUAGUUGUGGAGUACGGGCUUGGUUGCUCCGCAGCAUGUGGGAUCUUCCCGGACAAGGGCUCGAACCCAUGUGUCCUGCAUUGGCAGGCAGAUUCUUAACCUCUGCACCACCAGGGAAGUCCCCCCUUAGGUUGCUUUUUAAUACUGAGAGUCUAGUAGCCUGUACAAUACCAGGAAUUUAGAUGCUUUAAAUUUGAACAGGAAAAAAAAAUUCCUGUAACCCUGUGUUCUAUUUUCUAUCUGCAUUUCCUCCCUCAGCGACCUCAUUCAUUCCCAUGGGUUUAAAUAUCACCCAUACUGCAGCAAAUGAAUGGACCUAGAGAUUAUCAUACUAAGUGAAGUAAGUCAGACAGAGAAAGACAAAUAUUAUCAUACUAAGUGAAGUAAGUCAGAUAGAAAGACAAAUAUCAUGAUAUCGCUUAUAUGUGGAAUCUUAAUAAUACAAAUGAACUUAUUUACAAAACAAAUAGAGCCACAGAUGUAGAAAACAAACAUGUUUAUGGGGGGGAGCGGGGGGGGGGGAAGGGAUAAAUCAGGAGAUUGGGAUUGACAAAGACACACUACUAUCUAUAAAUUAGAUAACUAAUAAGUUAUCUAACUGUAUAGCACAGGGAACUCUACUCAAUACUCUGCAAUGACCUAUAUGGGAAAAGAAUCUAAAAAAGAGUGGAUAGGUGUAUAUGUAUAACUGAUUCACUUUGCUGUACAGCAGAAACUAACACAACAUUGUGAAUCGACUGUACUCCAAUAAGGGACUUCCCUGGUGAUCUAGUGGGUAAGACUUCACACUUCCAAUGCAGGGGGCCUGGGUUCGAUCCCUUGUCAGCGAACUAGAUCCUGCAUGCAGGCCGCAACUAGGAGUCCGCAUGCCUCAACGAAGAUCCCAUGUGCCGCAACUAAGACCCAGUGCAGCAUAAAUAAAUAAAUAAUAAGUAAAUAUUUUAAAAACUAUACUCCAAUAAAAUUUUUUUAAUAAAAUUAAUAUCACCCAUAUACUGAUAACUCCUGAUUUAUAUCCCCAGCCUUAACCUUUCUCCCGGGAGGUAUCCUUCAUUCCCUUUUCUUAUCCAAAUCUAAUGCAUUAGUUAAGUCCUGGCAACUCUACCUCUAAAAUAUGCCCAGAAUCUGUCUACUUCUUUCUGUCUCUACUGGUCCUAACCACCAACAUUCUCUGCAUUAAUUGUUGCCUGUCCCCAUCCCAGCCACGAAGUAAUCACAGUUAUCUUUUAAAAAUGUAUAUCAGGUCACUCUGUCACUUAAAACCCUUCAUUAUAUGCUUCCAUCACACUUAGGGAAAAAAAGAAUCCAGUCCCUAUCAAGCCUACCUGAUGCUCUGUGGUUACUAAUUCAAAUAUCUACUAUUUAUGAACUGCUGACCAUGAGCCCCAUUAAAGGAGGAUGGGAGGGGACAGGUGAGCAUAACUGCUGUAUGUUGAAAUCAAAUGUUAUCAUUCAGGAGUAGUGGCCUGGCCUGGCCAAGUUUUUUUAAUUUUCAAGAGAAAUUGCAAGUCAGGGUCAUUUAUGUUUUUAGUGAAAUCUCAGAAACACCAUGUGAGCUAAAUGUGAUCCAGGGGACCCCACUUUGUGAACUACUUUCUAACGUCAUGUGCUACACUCUCCCCUUUUAUUCUCUAUGUCCCAGGUCUCACCGGCUAGCCUCCUAUUCCUCAAGCAUGCCAUUUCAGGACCUGUGCCUUGCAGUUCCCUCUGCUUGGGACCUGACCUCAAAUAGCAUGGUAGUCGUCUCAUCAUUCAGUUCUCAGCCCUAAUGUCCCUUUCUCAGAUUACAUAAACAGCCAUCCCCCCACCUCCUGUCAUUAUAUCACAUUUUUCCUGUGAAUUCAGUAAACUUACCACUAUCUUAAGUUAGCUUGUUUAUUGGUACAUAAAUUUUGUGUCUCCACAUCAGAAUGUAAACUCCACAAGGGCAGGGAGCUCGUCUGUCUUGUUCACAACCUAAAAUAAUGCCAGGGGGGACUUCCCUGGUGGUGCAGUGGGUAAGACUCCACGCUCCCAAUGCAGGGGGCCUGGAUUCAAUCCCUGGUCAGGGAACUAGAUCCCACAUGGAUGCCACAACUAAGAGUUUGCAUGCCACAACUAAGGAGCCUGUGAGCCGCAACUAAGACCUGGCGCAACCAAAUAAAUAAAUACUUAAAAAAAAAAAAAA